AUGACACAACUCGACCACGAAACCCCCUUUGACGCCGUUGCAGUCGAUCCUGCUUCUCGUCCCAAUCUCGAUGAUCAGCUGUCAACUGAGACUGAUCAUUGGGAAACCAAUAAAAAUAAGUGUUGCUACUUGUUCCACCACCAAGAAGGCUCCAAUCACUGGAAAAAAGCCGCAGCUGUUGCUGCCAUCCUUCUAGUCACUGUCCUCGGAAUUGCGUAUGCCAAGGCUUUCUCUCUCACCAGCAACAACAGUGACGACUCCUCGUUGUCUCGGAUGGAAUAUCGUGCGAAAAUGGAAUCCAUGGCGGAAAUGAUCUCCGAUCCACUUACAUUGCUCGACCCCUUUUCAGCCCAGUCACGAGCUCUAGAUUGGUUGGUCGAUACUGAUACCCUUUCCAUUGAUAUUGAUUACGAUCAUAGUAGUGAUAACAACAACAACAACAACAACAACAACUUCAAGCAACGGUAUGCAUUGAUGGUAUUCUUUUUUGCGACAAAUGGGAAUGGUUGGACCAUGGUGGAAACCUGGGAUGAGCUGACGGGAACAAGUGAGUGCAGCUUUUCCGGCAUUGAUUGCGAUUCUAAGAUGCGUGUGAUCGCGCUCUCCAUGUCGGCAAGGAGAUUGUCUGGAACCAUUCCAGAGGAAGUUGGUGUUCUUUCAUACUUGGAGACUCUGAUCCUUGGAAGAAACGAUUUACAAGGAAGUAUCCCCAGUUCCAUUUUUACUGGAUGCCAAAGAUUGGUUAGGUUCGAUGUCGGUUUCAAUCGACUAUCAUCCACUCUAAGCACAGAAAUCGGAACCCUCGUCAACUUGCAAGUGCUCCUGGUUUCCUCCACAAGCAUAAGUGGUCCUUUGCCGGAGUCACUCAAGAACUUGAGUCAACUCCUAUCAGUGGGCUUUGUGCGAACCAAUCUAGAAGGCCCAAUCUUUGAUUUCGUACAGAGGUGGCCAAACAUUCGUGCACUUCUGCUGGAUGGCAGCAACGUCAACUUAACAAUUCCAACUGAAAUCGGAAAAUUGACAAACAUGCAGUCUCUGCGACUUCACGCGUUAGGCACCCAUGGCGGGAGCAUUCCAUCCGAGAUUGGUAAUCUGGAAAAGCUUGAACAUCUUGUGAUUGAGGGCACAACUUAUACAGGGUCGAUCCCCAGCCAAAUCGGGAAGCUUUCGAACCUGACAUACAUUCGCAUAAGUGGAGGCUUGAUCACGGGGACAUUGCCGACUGAAAUUGCAUCCUUGACAUCGUUGGAGAGACUAGAUCUGAUGGACAACAAUUUAGAUGGGGACAUUUCAGCAGAUAUUGGCAAUCUUGAACAACUCACCGAAUUCUCCAUUGCAGGAAACAACUUCGAAGGCCGUUUGCCUGGGACUUUCUGCUCCGUCCAGGCCAUUUUCUAUGAUUGCACUCUGACGUGUGACUGUUGUGCUUGCACAUGCUUUGCAUGCACAUGA